AUGGAAGACAGCGCAGCGAAAAUCAUCGGCUGCCAUGACAGCCUCUUGACGGACCCCAGGAUUGCACAGGACUUCAGCGCAGAGACGGAGGAAUUGCUGGCCGAGGCGGAGAACCUCUUCAAGGUGGGCGAUGGAGAGCUGGCCAUGGAAAAGCUCAUCGCCAUGGAAAAAAAGUGCAGACAAGCCUACGACGGAAGCUCAACCAGCAAAAUUGUACAAUUUAUUCUGAACAAGUAUAAACUAGCGGGGGACUACAAAAAGAUCAACGAGUAUUUAGUCUUUUUUAAUAAAAAGAGAGGACAACUCAAAAGAACAAUCAUCGAUAUGAUAAAUCUGUGUAAGUUGUGGAUCCCCGACGUGGAGAGCAAAACAGACAAACUUAACCUGAUCAACACCCUGUGUGCAAUCAGUGAGGGAAAAAUCUUCGUCGAAGUGGAACGGUCAGAAAUUGUGAGAGUACUGUCCAAAAUAAAAGAGGACGAUGGAAACAUAGAAGAAGCAGCCAACAUCCUGCAGGAAGUACAAGUGGAGACAUUCAUAUCGAUGGAUAAAAGAGACAAGACAGAAUACAUCCUGGAACAGAUGAGGUUAGUCUUGCUAAGGAAGGACUUUAUUCGGUGCCAUGUAAUCAGUCGAAAGAUAAACCCCGCUUUGCUAAAAGCUCCUGAAUUUGCAGACCUAAAGUUAAAGUAUUUUAUGUAUAUGAUAGAAUAUCAUAUUAAUGAGGAGGCAUACGCAGAAGUAGCCAAAUGUUAUGAGGAGCGAUUCAACACAGAACCCGUUCUGGCAGAUCCAACCUUAUGGGUGGAAGAACUAAAAUGCUACAUCAUCUUUUUAGCUCUCUCCCCAUUUGAAGACCAACAAACGAAAUUACCCAACCUACUAAAAACGGAAAAAAAAAAAUUAAAAGAAAUACCCGUUUUUCAAAACAUCGUCGAGGAUUUUAUAAACAUGGAUUUGAUCCAGUGGCCCCUUCCCUACCAGGAGGAACUUCUCGAAUUUUACAUUUUCAACGAUUCGAAAUUUGUUGGUGGUGAGAACAGAUGGAAUCUCUUUAAGAAGAAGGUCAUGCACCACAACAUCCACGUCAUAUCAAACUGCUACUGCCAGAUCUCUCUCCUUCGAUUGUCCCAGCUGUUGAAUGCAUCUGUCGAAGACUCCGAAAGCUUUCUCUCUGAACUGGUCUCCAACAAAAUACUGAAUGCUAAGAUAGACAGACUGCACGGAAUUAUCAAAUUCGGUCAGAAGAAAAACCCCGAAGUGCUGCUCAACAACUGGUCGUCGCAGAUUCAUCAGAUUCUUAACCUCCUGGAGGAGUCCUCCCAUCUGAUUCAGAAGGAACGCAUGCUCCACGAGGCCAAGCUGAAACGCAUGCAGCUGGAGAGUAAAAAUAUGUCUCUUUAG